UUUUCAAAAUUCUGCGCAUGUGUGCGUGUGUCAUUCGGGGCUACCUGUGUGUGUGUGUGAAAAUAUUGCGACCGUGUGAAAAUUUUCUGGUGCAGGAAAAACCAGAAAAAUGGCUUUUGGCGACUACCCCGCGGAGUACAAUCCCAAGGUGCAUGGUCCCUAUGACCCUGCACGUUUCUACGGCAAACCUGACACCCCCUUCGGGCAAGUGAAGCUGGGUGAGCUGGGAUCGUGGUUUGGGAGGCGCAACAAGAGCCCCCAGGCAUUGGCAGGGGCUGUGAGCCGAGCAUUCUGGCGAUGGCAGCACAAGUACGUGCAGCCCAAGAGGACUGGAGUUGCUCCAUUCUUCCAGCUCACGGUCAGUGCUAUGAUUUUCUUCUACUGCAUCAACUACGGAAAGAUCAAGCGCCACAGGAACUACAAAUACCACUAAAUGGGGAUUCUCCAUCAAUUACAGCCCUCCCGGAUGAUUUUUUGGGUUAUAAAAGGGAAAUUUCAGUGAGUCAUGUGGUUAGGCAUUGAUAAAUUCAAUAAAUAGAUCUUUCCUGAUGGAAAUUCUUGCAA